AUGACUCUCAAGGCAGUUGUUCUCGGUGCUGCUGGCGGCAUUGGCCAGCCUCUCUCUCUUCUCCUCAAGACUAACCCUGCCAUUACCGAGCUCUCGCUCUUCGAUAUCGUCAAUACUCCUGGUGUUGCAGCCGACCUAUCGCACAUCGACACUCCUGCUGUCGUCCAGGGUUACCUUCCACCUGACGAUGGUCUCGCAAAAGCCGUCAAAGGCGCAGAUGUUAUCGUAAUCCCUGCAGGUGUCCCCCGAAAGCCCGGGAUGAGUCGUGACGAUCUCUUCAAGAUCAACGCUGGCAUCAUCCGCGAUCUAGCCAUCGCGAUCGCAACCAACGCCCCCAAGGCAUUUAUCCUAGUCAUCUCCAAUCCCGUAAAUAGCACUGUCCCUAUUGUCGCGGAAGUUCUCAAGAAGCAUGGUGUCUUCGAUCCUAAACGACUAUUCGGUGUAACCACACUCGAUGUUGUUCGGGCUUCUACAUUCAUUGCAACUGUCGCUGGGUCGGCGUCAUCUGCACCCGACUACACCGUUCCCGUCGUCGGAGGUCACAGUGGCGUGACCAUUAUUCCUCUUCUCUCCCAAGCAAGGCCGUCCCUUCCAUCCAGUCAAUCGAAAUCUGAUAUCGAGGCUCUCACCAAACGAAUUCAGUUUGGUGGGGACGAAGUUGUCAAGGCCAAAGAUGGAGCAGGAAGCGCCACUCUUAGUAUGGCCUAUGCCGCUGCUGAAUUUACCAACGCAGUCCUCAAGGGCCUCAAGGGCGAGGAUGUAACCGUACCUAGUUACGUUCACAUUAGUGCCGAUCCUGAAGGUGGAAAGGCCUUGUUGGCUGAGAUUGGAGACGAUUUGCAGUAUUUCUCGACGCGCGUCAAACUUGGGCCAAACGGUGUGGAGAAGAUUCUUCCUCUCGGGCAGCUUUCGGAUUACGAGGCCGCGUUGGUCAAAACCGCUACUCCAGAGCUGAAGGAUAACAUUUCCAAGGGUAUCAACUUUGUUGAGCAUUCUAAGCUGUAG